CGGCGAAAGAGCGCGGCAAAGCGCUGCGAUCAACAUGGCGGCGCGGGCCGUGAGGGGCCCUGAGGCUCCGGGCGGUUUGUGGCCCCCCCCGUUGGAGCCGCCGCUUUUGGGGCGCCCAGGGGCUGCCCCACAUCUGGGGGGGGGAGGAAGAGGAGGAGGAGGAACUAAGAUGGCGGAGGAGAAGAAGCUGAAGCUGAGCCACACGCUGCUGCCCGCAGAGUCCAUGAAGGUGAUGGCCGAGGCCGUGGGCGUGGGGCAGGUUCACGAGGAGACCUGUCAGCUGCUGGCGGAUGAGGCCAGUUACAGGCUGAAGGAGGUGGCGCAGGACGCCCUGAAGUUUAUGCACAUGGGGAAGCGGCGGCGGCUGACGGCCGGAGACAUCGACCUGGCCCUGAAGCUGAAGAACGUGGAGCCCCUGUAUGGCUUCCAGGCCCAGGAGUUCCUUCCAUUCCGUUACGCCAGCGGGGGGGGGCGAGAGCUGCACUUCUAUGAGGAGCGGGAGGUGGAGCUGAGCGACAUCAUCAACACCCCCCUGCCCCGCGUCCCCCUCGACGUCUGCCUCAAGGCACAUUGGCUGAGCAUUGAGGGGGUGCAGCCCGCCAUCCCUGAGAACCCCCCCCCAGCCCCAAAGGAGCAGCAGAAGGCUGAGGCCACCGAGCCCCUCAAAGCUGCCAAGCCGGGGCAGGAGGAGGAGGGAGCCCUGAAGGGGAAGGGGCAGGGAUCGGCCCCACAGGACGGCAAAGGGAAGGAGAAGAAGCCGCUGCUGGACGGGGCAGCGCUGCGGCUGAAGCCGCGCUCGGUGCACGAGCUGUCGGUGGAGCAGCAGCUGUACUACAAGGAGAUCACUGAGGCCUGCGUGGGGUCCUGCGAGGCCAAACGGGCCGAGGCCCUGCAGAGCAUCGCCACCGACCCCGGCCUGUACCAGAUGCUGCCGCGCUUCAGCACCUUCAUCUCUGAGGGGGUCCGUGUCAACGUGGUGCAGAACAACCUGGCUCUGCUCAUCUACCUGAUGCGGAUGGUGAAGGCGCUGAUGGACAACCCCACUCUGUACCUGGAGAAAUACCUGCACGAGCUGAUCCCGGCGGUGAUGACGUGCAUCGUGAGCCGCCAGCUGUGCCUGCGUCCAGAUGUGGACAACCACUGGGCGCUGCGCGACUUCGCCGCCCGCCUGGUGGCACAAGUGUGUAAGAACUUCAGCACCACCACCAACAACAUCCAGAGCCGCAUCACCAAGACCUUCACCAAGGUGAUGGGGGGGAAAUGGGGGGCUCGAAGCGGAAGACAAAGGUUCCGCUUCCGGUUCCGGUGCCGGUUCCGGUUCCGGUUCACCUGGUCGGGGUCCGUGUGCAGCCGGUAG